AUGCCAGUUUUCUUGCGCGCCAGCAAUGCCCAAGGGCCCCAAACGUCGUCUCCCCCUUCUGUCCUUUCUGCCCCUUCUGCCCUUUCUGCCCCUCCAGCCCCUCUUGCACUUUCUGCCCGUUUUGCCCUUUCUGCCCAUCUGCCGUUUCUGCCCCUCCUGCCCUUUCUUUCUGCCCCUUCUGCCCUUUUUGCCCCUUCUGCCCCUUCUGCCCUUUCUGCCCCUUCUGCCCUUUCUACCCUUUCUGCCCCUUCUGCUCUUUCUGCCCUUUCUGCCCUUUUUGCCCCGUCUGUCCUUUCUGCCCCUUCUGUCCCUUCUGCCCUUUCUGCCCUUUCUGCCCCUUCUGCUCUUUCUGCCCUUUCUGCCCCUUCUGCCCCUUCUUCUCUUUCUGCCCUUUCUGCCCCUUCUGCCAUUUCUGCCCCUACCGCCCUUUCUGCCCUUUUUGCCCCUUCUGCCUUUUCUGCCCUUUUUGCCCCUUCUGCCCUUUCUGCCCUUUCUGCCAGCUCUGUACCUAUGCACUGGGAUCAAACGUCCCACCAGCUAACACUGGCAGCAGCAGCAGCAGCAGCAGCAGCAGCCGUUGUUGCAACAAUUGGAUCGGAGAACAGAAGCAACAGCAACUCCCCUUCAACACCUACUUCUGUUGCAACAGAGGGGGUAGGGGGGAGAUAUGCAGGUGGUGUGCUGUGUGUGCAUGGAGAGACCUAG